UGAAGCAGUAGCAAAAGUUCAACUUUUCACAGAAAUCGACAUGAUACUCUAGGUUUGUCGUCUCCAAUUUGAUAAUUAGGAUUGGUUAUGGAAGUCAAAUCGUUGGACCUGGGGAUUUGAUCAAAAGGGUUUUAACUUUAGACAUGAUUACAUGUUAUUCAUAAAAUUAAUCUUUACACAUGUAGAAAUGUUGUGCAUAAUUCGAGUAUAUAAAGAACAAAAAUUGUACAUAAUUGAUAUGAGAUGUCAAAAUGAUUCUAGAAAUGUCAAAUUUUGUCACUUUGGUAGUAACAGUAGUAGUGGGUAGUAUUUGUGACUUUUAUAUGAGUUGGCCUCAUGCUUUACUUUACUGCAUUUAUCUAAUUUCGAAUAAAUGAACCGAUAACGUUUGACAUUUGGUUCUUUUGUGUGUUAGUAGUCAUGUAUAUAGAACACUAUCUAAAGCAAUUUAUAUAUCAAAUCAUUGAUAUUAACUUGUAAAUCAUUUUUUGCAUAGUGCACUAUAGAGUUGUGACACAUUUAAGGUAUUAGUUUGAGGUUGAAUUGACAAUGUUUCAUUGCUUUACUACAAUUUUGUGUUGCCUUGGAGCUUUCUAUGUGUAGUCGUGAAAUAGCUUGUAAGUCGUUAUUUUUGUCCAAUAAUUUGGUAAAUGAUUGCUUUGAGAAAUAAGAUUGCUAACUCAAUUAUUGUUUUGCAUUUUGCAAUAGGAAAAAUGGAUGAUGAAGACAUAGUGAACGUGAAGAUAAGUAAUAGAUGUAGAAUGAAAUUGAUCGAUGAAGUUUUCUAUAGCUUAGAUGAAAAGCAUCAGGACCUAUUAACCAAUUCCUGCUUUGGACAUUUGUUAUGCCUAAGAAAGAUAAAACUUGCAUCCCAAUUAGUUCACCAAUUGAUUCUGAGGUCAAUAAGUACCUCAAAAGAAAAUGAAGUAUUUAUUAAGGUUGGAGACAAGCUUGCAAGAUUUGGAUUGCAAGAAUUCACACUGGUGACUGGGCUUAAAGCGGGGGAUUUGGAGAACGAGGAUCCGAAGCUAGGGCAAAAUUGUAGACUCGUGAAAGAGCGUUUUAAGCGUAGCAACGGCAAAAUAAAGAGAGGUUUAUUGUUACAAGUUUUCAAACGCUGCAAGCAUAAGAAUGAUAAAUAUAAGUUGGGCCUCCUCGUCAUAUUGAUGUACGUGGUUUUGGCAGCAGAGGAGAAUACAUUUGUUAACCCAUGGUUGUUUUAUUUGGUGGAUGAUCUCGAUAGAUUUAACAACUAUUCAUGGGGGAGAAAGUCAUACGAGUACACUAUUAAGGUUUUUAAACGUAAUUUGGGAGACAUGUUGAAGGGUUAUACAACUUCUCAGCGAUAUCCGUAUUCUCUGCAUGGAUUUCCAUUUGCAAUCAUGAUUUGGGCAUUUGAAGCAAUUCCCGGUGUUGGAAAGAAAUUCGGUCGUGUAACAGUCGAUUCCAGAAUUCCAAGAAUGAUAAGCUGGGAAAUGUCCAAGCAACUUAGGGGGGAAACACUUUGCACAUUUUUUGAAUCGUCAAAUAUAGAGGUACAUUGUACGCUUAAUCCUACAGACGAUGAAUUGCUGGAGCCGUUCUGGAAGGAAUCCGGACCUUUUGAUAGUGAAGCGGAUCCUAAGUUGGAAAAAGUUGCUUCCAAGGAUGAAGGCUGA